AAAUUACACUCCUGGUCCCCUGUAAUUUGCUCGAUCGGAAGAAAUAAAUUCGUGUGAUUUGAAAGUGAUAAAAAGUAAAAAAAAAAAAAAAAAUUGUGUCUGUAUAUUGAAAACACCGAAUCUCGAGGGUAUAAUUAAAAAAAAGUGCUAUAAGCGCGUGUAAAAAUUGUUUUAUUCAAUAUGAAAUAAUAAAUUUUUUUUUUAAAUAAUUGAUUUAAAAAAAAAUUUCCACGAACCCUGGGAUAUUAUAUACAUAUAUAUAUAUAGAGUGUCAAUAUGGAUGAAAAUUUGAGUCGAGGAUAUGUGCAACUUGGAAAGGCCAGAGGAAUAAAUGAAUUAAAACUAAAUGAUGGAUUUAGUCAUCUUUCGCCACCAGUUGAUAAAUGCAAUUUUAUUUAUUUUGCACUUGUGCUUGCCGGCGUUGGUUUUCUCAUGCCCUAUAAUAGUUUUGUCAUCGCAGUGGAUUAUUUUCAAGCGAGGUAUCCUGGAACGACGGUAAUAUUUGAUAUGUCUGUUGUCUACAUUACAAUGGCAUUCUUUGCAGUCUUUGCAAAUAAUAUUCUCGUAGAGACCUUGUCUCUCAAUACCAGGAUAACAUUCGGAUAUUUAGUUUCCUUCGUGACACUGAAUUUUGUCGUUAUCUGUGAAAUAUGGUGGGAACUUUUUGGGGUUGCGACUUCAUAUACUAUUAAUUUAAUAGCCGUUGCAGUAGUUUCACUUGGAUGUACAGUUCAACAAUCGAGUUUUUAUGGAUACACUUCAAUGCUUCCUAGUCGAUAUACACAGGCUGUUAUGGCAGGAGAAAGUGCUGCUGGUUUUUGGGUUUCUGUUAAUCGGAUACUGACAAAAUCAAUGGUGGACGAUGAACGUGGCAAUACAUCAAUGUUUUUUGUUCUUUCAAUUUUAACUAUCGUUAUGUGUUUCGUUCUUCAUCAACUUGUGCGAAAAACAGAAUUUGUUCAAUUUUACAUUACACUUUGCCAAGAACGAAAUCGUAUUACAUUGGAGCCAACUGAAGACGUUGGAUUGAUGGAUCCUUUGGAUCAAGUUGGCGAUCCAAUAAAAGGACAGUAUGGAGUUUUGAAAUUGCAAACUAGCCCUUUGGGAAAUGAUUCAGCGAGUGGAAGUGGUGAUUUAGCAAAUGGACAGUAUUCAGCGUUUUCGUUCAGUAAUCCAGUUUACGAACCAAGUGGUCCAUCAGGCAAUCCUCCAGGAAGCGCUGGACCAACUUAUAAAGUCGAAGACGUAGUUGUUAUACGCGGAACAUACAGCAGUAGUCAAAGUAGUAAACCUUGGUCCGGUAUCAAAAGAGGAAUGCUCGCAAGAUUGGAAGUUGCUAAAUUAAUAUUUCCCUAUAUGGCCAGUAUUGGAGUUGCUUAUUUUGUGACAUUAUGUUUAUAUCCAGGAAUAGUGUCUGAAAUAAUUUCCUGUAAAUUUGAGUCUUGGAUGCCAGUUAUUUUGAUGGCAGCAUUUAAUGCUGCGGAUCUAUUAGGCAAGAUGCUGGCAUCGAUUUCUUAUGAAUGGACACGAACUCAAUUAUUAUAUUUUUCAGUUGCUAGGGCAAUUUUGAUACCCCUUUUCCUAUUGUGUGCAAUUCCUCGAAGGUCACCUAUUUUAUCAGGAGAAGGAUAUCCACUUUUAUUUUCUUUAUUACUUGGUCUUACAAAUGGUAUUGUUGGAAGUGUUCCUAUGAUUCAAGCUCCCAGCAAAGUUCCUGAAGAGCAUCGCGAACUAACUGGAAAUAUUAUGACUCUCUCUUAUACAACUGGACUGACAGUGGGAUCUCUUUUGGCAUACAUGUUGGAUGCAUGUUUGGGUCCUUCAGUGUCGGCGAAAAAAAUUUGUCCCAAACCAAGAAGGCCAAUAAUUGCUGCCGCUGGGAAUGUGACUAUGAAUAUUAUAACAAAUGCCGUUUCAUCGACAUUUCCAAGUAUUGAGAAAAUCACAAGGCUUCCAAAGGUAAAAAGUACUGUUACAACUUUAUCAACUGUCUUGACAACAUCAAUGGUUCUUAAUAGUACUAAUAUUUUAAAUAAUAGUCUCACAAAUCUAACAACCACAGCGUUACCAAAAAUUGUUGCAAACGCUACUGCUACCAUUAGCAAUACUAUCCUUCAUUAAAUUCAAAUGUGAGAUUUAAAUCCUUCAUAAUCAUUAUAUAUUAUUUUCAAUAAAAUCAUCUUCUUUCAUUGUUAUUUCUUUUAUUUUAUAUUCUGACAUUUUUCAAAGAAUGAUAAUUUAAAAAAAAAAAAUAAUUUUUUUUUCAUUGAGCGUAAUUGUAAAAUAUUUGUAUUUUCCACUUUUUUUUUCCUUUGUUAAUUUUAAAUUAUUAUGCGCAUUUAAUUAAACUGCGAGUGUAAUUUAAUUUAUUAUAAGCAACUUCGCAUAAAUUUUCUAUUUUCGUUAUAUAAACAAUAUAGUUAUUAUUAUGUUUGGACAUAAUAGAUUGGAAUUGAUUUGCCAAUUUUUAACAUUUAGAAAUUCCAAAAUUCCACCAUCAUUCAAGUCAAUUACUUGUUUUCCUCUACUCAUAUAUAAAUAUAUAUAUAUAUAUAUGUAUAUGUAAAACACUUGCUCACAAACUUAUAAAACGAAAGUGAAGAUUAUAAACUAGUUCAGAAGCAUUUUAUUAGCAUUUUAAAAAAUUUUGAAAAAGAGAAGUAAAAAAAUUUUCUUUUUCAAUUUUUAUUUUUUUAUUACUUUUUCUCAUCACCUAUAGAAUACUCAUAUAUAUUAUAAAUAUAUAUAAAAGAGAAAAAUACUUGGAAUCGUAAUUAUAAUAAUAAAAAAAAAAAAAAAAACCAGUCUCAAUUAUUUUUAAUAUGUUGAAUGUUGGGUUUUGGAACUGUUGAUGUCUUCAUUCGUGUGGGUGUGUUUUUGAUGUUGUGUAUGAGAAGAGCGAAUUAAUAAAUUGUUAUCACAUUGAUAUAUAGAUAAAUCAAGGAAUAUAAUAGUAUAAAUUGAGAAAUAUUUUCUUGUUUGUAAAAAAUACUUUAGUUUUAGAAAAUUUGUAAUUUAAAAAUAAAUUUCCUCAAGCCUACAUCAACAAUAAAUAAUUAAUGUUAAAUAGUAAAUAAAAAAGAAAAUAUUUAUUGUAUAUUAUUAUUUUUUUAAAUUUCACUUGAAAUUGAAAUAUGUCCAAUUGUAAAUUUUUAUUUUAUAAUUUUAUUUAUAUGUUUAUUUUUUAUAUUUGAUAUAAAAUUUAUGUAUAGAAAUUUUUGAAUUUUUAAAUACUUAGAAAAUGAAUUUUGAAUUAAAAAAAUUUGAAAGUUAAAUUAUCUAAGAAAGUUAAUAAAAUAUAUAAACUUUGCUUAUUAAUGAAAUUGAAAUUGUUGACAUAGACUUAAAAGUUUAUUUUUAAAAUUUAUUUUUAAGAAAUAUUUUCAAGUAAAUAUUAUUUUGCGUGUUAGAAAGAAGACAUAUCUCUUAAAUAUGUAGAAAGACAUAAUCAAAUUUUAUAUCAGCGCAUAUAAAGUUUAUAAAUAAGGCUUCUAGAAAAUGAGAAAGAGCACUAAAGUCACAUUUUUUCGAAAAAAAUAUCUUCCUACUUCUAUAAACGUUUUCACUAUAGCCUCAUGAUAUUAUUAUUAUUGUUAUUAUUAUUAAAGAAUUACAAGUUUAAAAUAAAAUUGUUUAAUUUAAAUUUGUAAUUCUAAAAAUGUGUCAUUGUUUUCUCAUUAUUUACAAAAUAAAAGAUAAAAAUCCAUUUUCGGAAAUCUACACACUACAUACAUAUGAUUAUAAAAUAAUAAUUAUUCCAAUCAGAAAUAGAGAAAUCUCAAAAAGUCUGAUAACUAUAAUCCAUCAAAUAAUUCUCAAACUGUAUGUUUUGAGAAAAAUUAGAAUACCUUUUUUUUCUAAUUGCCUCCUCUUACCAUCAUCUACGAUAAUAUAUAAUUCUAAGCCUUAUACUUUAUAAAAGUCACAGAAAAAAAAUAAAACAAAAAUAUUAAAUUAUUUUCAUUCGUGCGUCUUUCACCUAAGAAAAUAUUUUCUGUUGGUAGCAAAACAUUUUUUUGGUAUUUUUACAAAAAAAAAAAAAAAAAAACAA